GCUAAAUAUUAGUUAGAUUUAGCCGGACAUUUAAGAGUAUUUACAAUAAGAUCUUAAUGAUAAUUAUUAUUUUGAAUUCAAAGCUAGUAAAUGUUUAACACAAUAACGAUUGGAAUGGAUAUUACCUUUAAUCAUAGAUUUAUUUAAUAAUAAAUUGAUGUAAUUAUUGAGUAUGCUGUCCUUCAAGUAGCUAAUUUUGUAUUUUAUAUGAUUUUUUGAUAAUAUUUAGAUUUUAAAAAUAUAUGUAUAAAAAUGAGACACGAAAUCUGUGUAAUACACUUUUUUUACAGUCUGUGGUAGCCUAAUACAUUUAAAAAAAUUGGCACAUUUUAUUUUUAUAUUUAUUAACUGUUAUUAUCCUCAUACUAGCCUAAUUAUUUUUAUACAGGCGUUUUUUAAGUCUCAUUCGUGAUCAUAGUCUUAAUAAAUGCAUUAACAGGGUAUUUGUUGGCUAUUUAUUUUUUCAUUUAUUUCAGUGUUAGGCAUUUCAGACUUCAUUACCCACAAUCCUUUAAUGAUGACAGUCACGCUACUGUAGUGUGUGUUCUGUGUUGGGUUUGAAAUCACCACAGCAACGUGGGCUCGGGAGUGAAAACCGUAUUAAAACUUGUUAAUUUUGAACAACUAUAAUAUUUACAUAUACAUAAAUAUAGUGUACAGUAACACUAAUAAUGAAAGCAAACGUGAAAUCUUCACCAUUAAAUAAAAGCGUGCAACAGCCCAAGGUAACUGGAGCAGACCGCGGGCCGAGGCCAGCAGAAGUUCCAGUGCUAAAGUUAGAGACCCUGCAAGACGCGGAGGAGGAGCAUCUUGCCAUAAUUCCAAAGAAUGCUGCUAUCAAGAUUGUCACAGGAGAUCUGUCAGCCAUGAGUUGGGGCUCUCCAGCCUCCACACAGUCAAAGCAGUGUUUUACGACCAAGAUGAAAGACUCAAUUAAAAAUCAUGUGCCUGCUGUGGAUCAUGGAGAAUCGCUACAGCUGAGCCACAGAGACCUGGCACAGAGAAGUCCACUGUACAGUCACAAACCAAACCUGGAUUCAUCCACUUUCACCUCUAAAAACACACCACAACCCAACUACAACCAGUCCAACACUGUACGGGCCAACAGCAUGAUGAUGGAUGCGGAGGGGCUUACUGAGGAGAGGAAACUGCAAGCAGUAAUUGAGCAGGUUAUGGUGGACCAGCUGUCGAGGGCUGUCAUUAGCGAUCCGGAACAGAAUGCUGUGUCUGUCAGUCCCACGAGUGUCCCACCACGCUACAGGAGAACUCUUCACCACACUAAGGUAAAAACUCGGAUGUCUUUAACAGAGAACACCUUAUCCAACAAGCUCUGUUUUCAAGCCAGGAUUUUAUCAAGGUGUGGACGUGAGGCUUGCCGAAAACUGAUUGGCUUCUUUUUCACAUAUGACCAAACACUGACCGUGUACGAGUACCGAAAUUUUGGGAAAAACAGAUGGAACGCGUUGCCCUUUAUCGCUCGUGGUGUGUAUUUGAACAGAGGGAGGCCGUACAGCCUGCAGGACAUCUCACAGGGUGCCGAGCUUCAUUUCUGUACAGACGGCCCACACCUCCCCCAGAGUCUGAGACAGCAGCCGUGCCUGACCCUCAGAGUUACUGAUGUGGAUGACACAGCCAAGGGAGCCCUGCUAACUCAGCCUGGGGAAGGUCUACAUUGUCUCUCUGACGAGGAAGUCAAUGAUCAAAACACUCUAAAGGCAAUUCAAGGUGCAGUGCGUGAACGGCUGAGGGGACGUGCGAUCCGAACCCUAAUCAAUCUAGGAAGAGACCUGCAGAACUUAGAUAUAAAGAUUGAUAGUGUUCAGCAAAAAGUGCUCCUCAGACAAUCUCUGAUAGAGCAACUGUGCCUUACUGAGCAGGACUUCGAGGCGGUGUGGAGGAUUGUGAGUCGGCGUGCAGAGAGGCGGGUGCACCCCGCUGAUUUGAUGCGUGCCGUUACCGGGGAGAUGAGUGAGAACAGAAAAGCCAUUUUCCUGAAGGUUUAUGUAAAGCUUGACCCAAAUAAAACCGGCUCCAUCUUCCUGAGCGAUAUUGAAAAAUUCUAUAGGGGCAAACAAGAGUCUGACGCAGCACACGAAGCUGAUCCGAACCCUGACAUUCUGGCCUUGGUACAGGAAGCAGGAAAGGUCACCAAGACUGUCUCCUAUGCUGAGUUUGAGGACUAUUAUGAGGGUCUAAGUAUUGAAAUCCCUGAUGACGAAGAAUACAUCAACAAUCUGAGAGCUACCUGGAGUAUCUGACACUAUCUGCCUAGUUUAUAGAAUGACACUUUCUGAAUAUAAGUAAAAUAUUGAGCUUCUAUGUACUGUACACAGUAAUAUGUUUGUUUAUAGUUUUUGCUUUGUUGCAUCUUAUUGUAAAGUCACUUUAUAUAGCUCGUCAUAUUAAUAACCAUUCAUAUUCCAAAA